CUAGUAUUUACUAACUCCUUGACUAUCAACCUCUUUUGUUAGAAUAAUGUUUUAGUUAAAUGUUUCCAAUAUUAUAAUUUGGCAUGGCUAACAUGAAAUUAGUUUGUGAUUAUAAACAAAUAUUAUCCAAUUUUUCUAAUUGUGGUUCUUCAGGAUGGAAAUUCAUAGGCCAGGAACAAAAUGGUCUCAUUCUAGUUAGCUGGGAAGAAACUUUGUCUGGGUCACCAGAUGUUGGCUUCAUAACUGCAGUUGGACUUUUUAAUGUUUCUUCAAAUGAACUUAAGGUCUUGUAUAAAUUUGAUAGAAGCGUAAACAUAGUACAAGCAUCCAUCAAUGAAGCGAAGUCAGUUUUAGUAUUUGUCAAAAAGGUAAUGGAAACCAGAGUGGAAACGACGGAAAUACCUCAUUUUUAUGAAUUUCACAUUAUUACUGUUAAAGACUCCUACUUCAUAAAUUGUGAUAUAGAUGUUAAAAGUGCCCAUCAAGUUAUGGCACAAUUUUUAUACAGGAAAAAAGUGGGAAUUGACAGAUUUUUGAUAUUUGUUCAUUUGGAAGGUAUUACUCUUUAUCAACUGAAAUCUGACUCGUUUAGUGAUGGUAUGACCAAGUUGACGACGGUAGCAUUAGAAACAGUGGUGAAGGUGUUUUCUUGGGCCCAGUGGGACGUUGAACAUCAGUGCUUGUAUUAUAUUUUUUACAGGAAAACAACGAAGUCCGAUGAAUUGGGUGAACUGAAAAAUGAAGACACGUCACCCACUUUAUCCUCUUUGCAAUUCAAUGACGAUUUUCCUCAUGAAACUGUACUGAAUAUACCAGUCAAUCUACCUCUGGAUUUGGAUUCAUCUUUUAACACCUACGAGGAUGAACCUAUACCCCUUCGAGUCCAUGGUUCUUCAAUGGAUGUUAUUGUUUUAUCAGACAGUAGAGGUUUUGUUUGCAUAUGCUACCAUUACUUAUACCAGCCGGUACAAACACCUCUCAAGCAACCUGAUUCAGAGGCAGAGGAUCACACAACUGUGCACAUGGGGUAUUCUGUUACGCUUUUACAUCAUGGGAUCGUUGUGCACUGCAAGAUUCCAGGGAUUCCAUGGGCAGAGGCUAAUAGACUCAGGCCGACUUUCGCCAUUGGAAAGGAUGAUUACUUGUUUGUUUACCUUCCUGGGCACUUUAUACACAUGCUGGAUUUGGGGAUUGGUCACCAACCAUGCUGCCAUAUCAUGCUCCCACAUAGAGCGGAGAGUACAGAACACUGGUUUGCCAUAAAAAUUUCUACAUCUUCUUCGACUCUAUUAAACAUGAAAACUUUACAGACAUAUACAUUAGAUAUUUCUUAUCAGGUGCUCCUCGACUUCUUUUAUGAUCCAAACAUCGGUUUAUAUAAUAAACUCUCAAUCAUUCAUUACAUCCUGGUUCAUAUGCAGGAAUUCGAUAUCAUUUGUCAGCUGCUGACAACUAUUGCAGAGUAUGGUUUGAAUCCAGCUUUACAGAACAUAUUUCAUGAAAUACUCGUGAGUGGAACAUAUGCAUCAGUCGUAAAAUCAUUACCAUCAGAAGCUACCAAAUUGUUACGUUUUCUACCAUUUACGACGAUAAAUAAUUUAGACACAAUAGAAAUAAAGAAUUUCUCAAAAACUAUGACUCUAAAACAAGAAGCCCUCUGGAACUCACCUGUGAUGCUGCUUACACCUCAACAAAGACUCAGUCAAUUUCGUGUCGAUCUUUGGACUCAACUUUGGAAUUUGAUCACAGAAACAUCUUGCAUAUCUAGAUUCAAACUAUCUACAGUUGCUGAAAAGCUGAUGGUUUCUUUAGUUUGUUAUCAGCCUGAAGCAUUAUCUCGCUGCAGUACUCCCCUUAGUCCUGGCAGUGGAUUUUCUAUUAACGCAUCUCUUUUAGAAUGUUCCAACAUAGGAAAUUACAAAGCGAAACAUUUACUACCGUUUCAUGAAAUUGAAAGGUGUACCGCAUCAAAACAAGAGCACGUAAUAUCAGUAAAUUUGAGGGAAUUAAGCAUACAUUUAGUAAAACAUGGUUUGGAGAACCCUAUGCAAGUCCAUGUUGUUGCAACUCGUUAUGCUGCUGCACAGUUAGAGAUGUCUCGAUUUUUGUGUAGUCUUAUUACCAAGUCUUGUGCGAUUCCUGUAUACCAAUUAAAAGGAUUCCAGUUAAUUGAUGAAUUACCAUCUAUUAAGAAAAAGGUAUAUUAUAUUAUCCUUGAGAGGUAUGCUUCAGCUGUGGAUACUCUGGCAUAUCCCACUCCACAGGGAUUUUCUUCGUUUUUUACCUACUUGACGUACAAGACGUUACCGUUUGAUGAGUUUGUACAACAUAUACAAGCAAGAGCACUUACUCUGCAGAUUGAUGUAAUGAAAAUAAUUUUACCUGAUCUGGGUGACGACAGCACGGGUGUAAAAAAGAAAUUACGAUUAUUACAAUUGCUUCCACGUUCCAGAGCUAAAAGGCUUUUAAAUCAAUGGUUUCAUCCAGUAAGCCUUAUGAUAAGAGCAAGGGAGCAUUCCUUAGGAAUUUUAUCUGGAUUGGAGUCGAAAAUAUGUCCACCUAAAAAUUUUUAUGUUAAAGGAUCAAAUGAAAUGUGCAACAGAUACUCACCACUGGAUACCUUCUUAGAUCUAUUAACUGCCAAAGCUAGCUUGGCCGAGUUAGAUUUUAAUCUUCUUGUGGAAGCUGUUAUGUCAUCAGUAGAUAGAUAUGAUGGUUUGUAACUAUAAGACUGACUCAUUACAUUAUCUCAAAUUUUAUUUUUGAAAAAUUUCGUAAUGAUAAUUAUGCAUUUAAUACUAAUUCCAAUUUAUAAUUUAUUUUAUACCUAAUAAUCAAAUGAAGUACCAAUUUUUCAGUUAUUAUUAGUAAUGUUUUGUUUGUGUAGGUGA